UGUCAGUGAAGAAAUUCAUUUAUCACUGAGUCGUGAUAGUGAUAGACUGUACACACGUUCUGUUGCUUUUCUGGAGUGGAGUAUUCACACUUUCAUCAUGAAGAUUGUAAUACUUCUGCUAGCAGCUUUUGCUGUAUCUGUUAAUGGGUUCAAUUCCAAUCAAAGGGGAAUCUUCAGCUCAAUUUACGACACCGCAGCUUCAGUAACCAACAGUGCCAUUGACGCCGGGCAAGCAGUUGUUGAUACGGUUUACUGUUUCUUUUCGACUUGUGACAAAAAAACAGCAACUACUACCACUCCAAAACCUACAACAACAACUAAACCAACAACUACGACUAAGCCUACUACUACAACCAAACCCACAACAACCACUACAACACCUACACCAACUACGACAAAACCAACAACUACCACAACAAAGCCGAUAGUAGCUGCAACACCCCCACCAACAACCACAACAACGACAACAACUACUUCAACCACUCCAACUACCACUACAACGCCGACUACCACAACAACGCCGACCACCACUACCACGCCGACCACCACUACAACGCCGACCACCACUACAACGCUGACUACCACUACAACGCCGACUACCACAACAACCCCAACUACCACAACAACGCCGACCACCACUACAACGCCGACUACUACAACAACCCCAACUACCACAACAACCCCAACUACUACAACAACGCCGACUACCACAACAACGCCAACAACAACGACUACAGAACCGACAACAACGACUACAACACCAACAACUACCACUACAACGACCACGACAACAACUGCAACCACAACGCCAACAACAACAACAACUACUGAAAAACCAACCACGACUACCGAAGAGGAAAAGCCUACGACUACAACAGUAGCAAAAGUUGUUUUACCUGUACCUGUUCAGGAAGUUCCAUACGAUGAACUUACAGAACCCACUGGGACACCAGAGACAACCGUUCCCUGCCAGACUAAAGUCCUGGCUGACGUCAUCUUCAUCCUCGACUCCACCAUGAACACCGGGCUCGACAAGUUCAAACUGCAGCAGAGUUUCAUCGCUGACAUCCCCAAGUUUUUCAUCCUCGGGGCAGACGGCGUCAGGUUUGCGGCCCUGACCUUUAGCUACUCGACUGUCAGGCUCUUUGACCUGAAGACGUUCGAAGAUGCUUCUUUAAUGGAGCCGGUUCUGAAAAACGCCAAGUUCCUGAACGCCCAGACAAACACCAACAAAGCUUUUGAUUUUGUUCGUAACAACGCCAUGUUCGGGUCGACCAAUGGGGGCAGGGACAACGCCAAGAAGAUUAUCGUCCUGGUAACUGACGAUGUCAAUACUUCCGCCAAGUCACUAGCCCUGACCUCAGCCCAGCUCUUCAAAGACUCCGGUGUCCGGAUCAUCUCGGUGGGCAUCAGCCAGACAGUUCUGCUGCCUGACCUCAUCAGCUUCGCUUCUUCCCCGGGCGAUGUCAUCAAAUCUUACGGGUUCAACCACCUCGGGUUCAUCAAGAACAGGCUGGUCAACCUGAUUUGCUACAGAGCACAGUAGGAAAUAUGGAAAAAAAGAUAACCUGAUAGAGCUUAAAAAAGUGAACAUUUGUAAUUCUAAUUAUCUAAAAUUAGCAGGUAUAAAAAGUACUUUUAAAAUGUAAUUUACAUUUUUUAAAAAGUUCAACAACUAAUUUUGAUUUC